UAAUUAUAUUUAAAAAAAUUCUAACGCAUAAUAUGAUAACAUCCAAUUAAUAACCGCGGCUUUUGGUCAAAUUCCACAUUGACGAAACUAUUUAAGCAAGUAGUUAACGGGUCAUUUUGCGCUACUAGAAUGAAAGCUACCAACCGCCUCUUAGAGAAGAGGCCUCUUCAGUACAGCGCCGCCGCUACUGGUUUAUUGGUGGCUUUCUGUAGCGGAUUGAACUUAGGAUGGACGUCUCCAUAUUUGCCCAUCCUUCUAAGUGAACAUUCCCCUAUCAAAAUGACAGCAAGUGAAUCGUCUUGGUUGGGAACCACUUACCUGUUGGGAGGAUUAUGUGGCAGUAUUUUGCUGAGCAUCGUUGGGCGAAAAAUUGGAAGAAAGACGAUUUUGUUUUGGUCCAGUGUGCCAUUCUUUACGGCAUGGGCAGUAAUCGCCUUUGCAACGACUUUACCAAUACUUUUAAUUGGUAGAAUAAUAACAGGUCUCACGCAAGGUUUGGCAUUCGCAACUCUGCCAAUGUAUUUAAGUGAAAUCUCCGAUAAAGAAAUACGAGGGUUUUUAUGUUCCUUAAUAACCGUUUUUCUUUACGUUGGAGCCAUGGUAAUCAAUGUGAUUGGAACGUAUAUGACUAUCAAAAUUUCCUCGUUGAUUUGCCUCAUAAUACCUGUUCUCCAAUUCGUAGCGUUUUUUUGGAUGCCCGAAUCGCCGAAUUACUUACUGAUGAAAGGCAAACGUGAAAAAGCACGCCAAGAGCUUAUUGCAUUAAAAGGAGCGGAUGCAGCCGAUCGCAGCUUGGACGUGAUUGUAGACGUUAUAGAAGAAGAAAUGUUAAGUAAAACUGGCUUCAUCUCGAUAUUUGAGAAAAAUAACCGAUCAAAGUUGCUGACCUUAUUUGGACUACGCCUAACCCAGCAGUUUUGUGGUGUUAUCGCUUUUAAUAUUUCCGCACAAACUAUUUUUCAGGAAAGUGCCGAUUCCAUUUCGCCUCUAUUGGGAACAAUCGUUUUGUAUACAGUACAAAUAGUGUUUUCUGUACUAAGUUCACUAGCAGUAGAUAAACUCGGCAGAAAACCUUUAUUGAUAGUAUCUACAAUUGGAACGAUAUGUGUUUUACUGGCGGGAGGGGCAUUCUUCUUUAUUCGAGACGUGAUCAAAACUGACACCUCUCACGUUUCAUUCGUACCAGCGCUCAUUUUGAUCGUAUUCACAUUCUGCUACAGUUUAGGUUUACAAACCAUGCCCAAUUUUAUGGCGGCCGAACUGUAUCCCACGAAUUUGAAGCCCUACGCCUGCACUAUCGGCGAUGUAAUGUUUUACUCUUUUUCGACCAUCGUAUCCCAAUAUUUCCAAUUUACCAAAGAUAACUACGGCCUUUACGUUCCUUUUUGGAGCUUUGCCGUCUCUUGCAUCAUUGGAUUGGGGAUAAGUGUAAUAUUUAUGCCUGAAACUAAAAACAAGACAUUGGAGGAUAUACAAAAAGAAUUAAGUCGUAAACAAAAAAAAGGCAAAAAAUAAAUAAAUAAAGCAAAUGUUAAUAGCAUUACUUUUGAUUCUUUGGUACAAGCAAUAGUACUGUCAAGAAAAUUGAAGGGACUUCUACUUCAACCGCCUAAUCCCUUACUUUCAACGGAAUAAGUGUUUGCCACGCCAAGUUUUAAGAGUUCGUGCUUAGGCAACAUUGUAAUAAAAAUUCAACCCUCGCACGUCAGUCAGUGAGUAUGCCUCUAAUACAAUGGUCACUUGGACUACGCAACUCGGGCGUGCUCUAUCAAAUAUUUAUUUAUUUUUAAGAACAAUGUAUAAUUAUAGUAUAUGUAUUAAUUACUUUACACUUUUUCGACUUCUUAGGGCGAGAUUGCAA